CCUGCUCCUCCUCUCUUUCUUUCUCCCGAACGUGGUGCUCCUCCUUGCAGGCAGGCCUUCCUUCUCCUCCUCCUCCUGCUGCUGCUCUCCCCCAUGAGAAAGGGAGUCCUGAUUUGCUUGCUCCAUUUCUAGCAGGGCAUAGCCACCACCUCGGCUUAGUCGAUCCUUCUCGAUCUUGGUUGAACAGCACAGAAGAUCCAGAAGAGAAGGGGCGCCAUCCUAAGCUUAGCUUGUGGUCCAUACAUAUAUGAUGAACGUUCAGGAUCUCUCUCUCGGUCUCUCUCUGAGCCUGAGAGGGAGAUCGUUCGUCAGCAGCAAGGGCGCCAAGGUGCAGUGCCUACUUCCUUGUUCCUCUUCUUCUUCUUCUAGUUGCUGUUCAGCAGCUGCUAUCCACCGGCGGCAGUGGAGGUUUGCGGUUACCACCAGAGCGGCCGGCGACGACAGAUCUGAAUCCUCUAGCAGCGGCGGCGACGAUGACGAAGAAGAAGCCGCAGCAGAUGAGGCAAGGCGAAGCAGCUUGUCCCGAGAGGAUCUGGAGCGGCUGGUCGGGCCUGACGAUGACGACAAGUUCAACGGGUUGGAUCUUGCAAACCUCAUCAGGAAGAAGUACGGCAGAUCGUACGAUGUGACGCUGAUAAAGAAGGAGUUCAUGGGCCGUAAUCUUGUUGCGAUGAAUGUGAUGUGGAAGUACCGGGAGCAGCGUUCGUUCCCGCUGAGCGAGGAGGAGUACCUGCUGCGGCUGGACGAGGUGGCCACCACGCUGCGCUGCUGGGGAGCCGUGGCGCACGUCCGCAACACGCUGGAGAAGCUCAAGGAGAGGCCACGCAUCGGCAAGGCCGUCAGCAUCUUCAUCGACAUGGACCAGACGGGAGGAAGAGCGAACGAGUGGAUAUACAAGUAGCAUGCGCCGCCUGCUGCGCCUGGGUCGGUCGGGUCUAAUUUCUGGCCUGCCAAGCCCAGGCCCGUGUACCGCGUGUUUUGUUGAUGCCAGGCCCAAGCAUAAGGUUUUGGAC